GAGGUCUUCGUGUAAGCGCGCGCUUCAAGUACCGACGAAACCACGGGCACGAUCCCGAGAAUUGCGCGUAAGCUUCCCGGGCCGAAGACAAGUUAUCCGGCAAUGCAUCCGACCAUAGCCUGUAUAAAGAUUCAUUGCAUCCCUUGUUGUAUUAGGCACUUGACUAUAUUGUGCUACACUCUUUCGAUUCGACCUGCUACAACUUUUUUUAUAUUACUUUCUGUUUAUCAGUCAUACGGUAGAAUAUCUACUGCCAGAACUAGUACAGAUUUAUUAAGAUAAAUCAUUCAAUUAUACGAAAUACGUCCCCAGCCGUCUUGAAGAUGGCAAGUUCUGGUACCUCCGGGAAAGAAGCAGCACGCCGGCUCGUGACAAGCAUUUCCAAGCAGCAUGGCUACCUCGGCGAGGAAGUCUAUGCAACUAUGACCCCAGACACUCGUCGCCAAGUUCAAGAAGCACUCCUCAUGGCGCACACACUAGUAGGAACAAGCGUCAUAACACUGGCAAAGAACCUCUAUACUAAGGACGUUAGAUGGAUCUUCGAGCUCUUGCAAAACGCCGAGGAUAACUGCUUCUCCCGAGCGGAAUCUUUGGGCGUCGUUCCAUACGUGUCUUUCGAUGUAUAUAAGGAUCGAGUUGUUGUGGAAUGCAACGAAGAUGGCUUCACUGAAGCAAAUCUUAGAGCGAUAUGUAAGAUCGGAGCGAGUUCGAAGACAGGGGCUCAAGGAUACAUCGGCGAGAAAGGCAUCGGUUUCAAAUCAGUCUUCAAGGCAGCAUGGAAAGUUCACAUUCAAUCUGGAGACUAUUCAUUCACAUUUACCCACCGAAAAGGUGACUCUGGUAUGGGAAUGAUAUCUCCAGAAUGGCGCGAACCGACAGAAGCGAUACCAACGCCAUUGACCAGAAUCACAUUAUUUUUACAUGCCAACGAUGUCCCAGGCACCGAAGAUGCGCGACGGCAAAAUAUCCUAACUCAGUUGAACGAGCUUCAACCUACGAUGCUUCUUUUCCUAAAGAAGCUGAAUCAAAUCAAGGUGCACAUAUACGACGACGCUGGGACCGAGAUAUCAUCCUCUUUACUUGAAAUAAAUCACGCCAAUCAAGUCGGCAAUCGCAUACUCGACAAAGUUCAUACCCAAGACAGAAAUACGACUCGUACAAAACAGAGAUACCACAUCGUGGAGUAUAUUGCACGUAAUCUUCCUCAUAAUGAGAACAGAACGUAUUCUCCUCAGGAAGAAGCAUCGAGAGCAUACAGCACUGCUCCGGUCGUCCUUGCAUUUCCUCUUUCACAUGAUGAUGAACCAUCCAUCGAACAACAGGAAGUCUUCGCAUUUCUUCCAAUCCGCCGAGCGGGAUUCCAUUUCCUGAUCCACAGCGAUUUCGUAACCCAAGCGAACCGAGAAGAUAUUGUGACAACCUCAUCCCGAAAUAUUAUGCUAUUAGAUUCACUGGCAGAGACUUUCAUAAUUGCGAUGAGAUCGCUUUGCCUUCACGCGACCUUGAAGUACCAGUGGAUGCGUUUCCUUCCAAAGUUGUCAGACUAUCCAUGGGAUCCAUUCUGGUUGAAGCUUGUUGAUAAGAUCAAAGCUCGUAUUUACCGUGAAGAGAUCAUAAUAUUGCGAGAUUCAACGAUGCAGAGAGACUUAUCGGUAGCGAGACAACCCGCAUCGAAUAUCCUUGAUCAACACGGAGACCCCUUAUUUGACGACCUCCCCGGUGAUAAAGCCCGUUAUAUUUCAUCUAAUUACAAAUCGAGCGACCUCGAUAUCCUCCAAAAAUAUGGACUCAGCUUGAUGUAUCAGGAUGAGGUACUCGAAAGAGUAUCGAGAGAUUUGUCUAGUAAUACGUCCAAGAUGAGGUCUACGGGGACUGAUUCUGAUUGGCACGCUCGUGCAGCCCGAUCUAUAAGUCUAUCCUACGAAAGGAAAUGGCAGGACAUGAUGGUCAGAACUAAAACGUUGCAGCUGAUCCCGCUGGUCGAUGGGACAUGGGUUAGUCCAACCCCAGUUGAUGUGUAUUUUGCAACUACAUCGAAUGGACACGCAAUCCCAGCGGAUCUUGGGUUUCACCUCAUAGACCCCGUCGCAACAGCAAUACCUGAAAGGAGACAGUUGUUCCUUCAUCUCGGUGCGAAGUAUGCCUUAGUGGACAAUGUUCGUGACAAAGUCUUUCAAAGAUAUCACAGUACGGGGGUUACAGGGAUAAACUACGAAUCUUCACUCGCUCAUCUCAAGUUCCUCUAUCUAACGCAUAACCAAAAUUCCACGCCCGAUUCGUCCCAGAAGUACGAGAAUUUGUGGCUAUGGGAUGAUCGCGGAUCUAUAUAUCCAUUGAAAUCGCAUGUGUCUUACUCGGACAAGGGAUUCUGGGAACUAAUCUCCAAGGCCGACAAGUCUCCAGAGUGGACUGAUGUUCAUUUCAUAAAUAGAAAAUAUUUCGAAGACGACCCAGGAAAAUCAAGUCAACAUGAUGUGACGUGGAGAGAAUGGCUCGAAACAUGCCUUGGAGUUCGCAACUACUCAAGACUAUUUGAUCGUGACGGGGGCGCACUUUCAAGCGAAUGCAUGUUCGUCGAGGAGUACCUUCCUUCAGAGAUUCUGAAUCUCUUGAAACAAAGUUGGGAUCUAGAAAAGUCCCGUGUGACGCCCGAACUGACAGAACUCCUGGGAGCUCUGGAAGUCCCAUGCCAAGGCGGUCGGCUAUAUUCCCUGGCGUCAACAUAUUUACCUUUACCGGUAUUAUUGAAAAGGCGUGACGAGUUCAUGCGAGAGGAUGAGUUCUUUCCUUUCAUUGAUAUUAACGAUGAUUCAGACCCGGUGUCUCAAUGGCACUUCUUGUAUGAUUUGGGUGUGAGUUCUAGACCCGAUCUGGAGUUUUAUCUUAAAAUUUACGUCUGGAUGCACUUAUUUCCGACCAAGGAGCUUGUCGAUACUUCGCGCGUUUUACGUCUAUAUUUGCGCCUUCAUGCAGAAUGCUUAGACUCAGAAACCAAAGAAAAACAAAAAGAAAAACAGGCUCGGAUCCGUGAUUAUUUCGAGUUGCAUGAAGCUUUGCUUAUACCUCCUUGGGAGCAACGUGAAUCGAUGAAGGCUGCGCCUAGUAAAUGUCUACUCAAUGGGCCGAUGAAUAUGGAGACCGCCUUUCCGGUUUUCCCCAUAUAUGAUGCUAUAUACCAUGCUCAAUUCAUGGAUUCAGUCCCGGGAUUCUCUAACUUUAAAUCAUUCCUCCAGGAAACCCUGGAAGUCAAAAAAUGCUCAUGGAGUCAUAUUGUGGGAGAGCUCAAGCAUAUCAAAGAGUCGAACCCCCCAAGGCUGCUUGACAGAGUUCGAGAAUUAUUCUCAGAAUUAAGUGCUAUGAAACUACCUCGUGGGCCAUUGGAAGAGAUGAGGAACGCAUUGGAAAACGAUGCUUUGAUUUUUGCGGAUGUCGGCCCGCAAAAGUGGUAUAUGCCAUCGCAGUGUCUAUGGUGUGCCUCAUCACCAAUUCGAGGUAGGGUAAACUUGAGAAAUGUUUAUGGCGGGGAUAUGGAGAGCUUUUUUGUCGAAAAGCUCGCUGUGCGUGUGUUAGACGCCGACAUUGUCCACAACGAGCUGUUGGAACUGAAGCCGGAAGAGGCCACUACGGAGCGCGUUAAAGAUCUCCUUUGGACUUUUAACUCACAAAUCGAGCUUAAAGACUUCAAUACUUCUCCCGAGAAGUUACUGGAACGUCGGAUCCUGCCGGUUAGGGAUGUUGGUGGCAACGUAGCCUUGCAUUCAGCGGAGACGGGCUUUGGCAUUAUCGAUCGCAAGAAACUCGGCGAUGCUUUCUACGACAAAGUCAAAAUUCUCGAUUUCACGGUGAACGACGUUGUUAAACUCAAGCCUCUGAUAAAGUGGGCGGGCCUCGAGGAUAGGUAUUUAUCACGACUGGUCCAGGAGACGUCUGGUUUGGAUUCAGGCUUAAAAACGCCGAUAUCAGACCCAAUCCAAGAUAUUAGGAGAAAGGCAUAUGGGUUACUUCGCAUCGCAACUCAUUUCAAGAGCCCUCGGAUUGACGGCGAUGGUCAAGCGUUAUACGAUCUGCUCCGCAAUUCACGCACAUGGAAGACACCGGAAAUAUCAACAAAGCUGGUGCUCACUAUAGACGGACAGACUGUGAGCCAAGAUGUCGACCGUGGCAUGAUCCAUAUCGACGAUAAAGAUGGCUUAGAAAUAUACGUCCUGCGUGACGAAGACUUGCGAGAUAAAUCUUACCUCUCCAUCGUUCCUAGUCGCUUAGCGAAGUGGAUGAUGACCGAUCCAGGAACAAACUCCAAGAGGGAUAUUGACUCUAGUGAAGAGUUAUUCAUCCAGGCCGUCUUGAAUAUGAAGCCUCGACAAGUUGACGAUUAUCUUACUGAAAAGGGCAUUAUUGAAGUUACCAUACCAAAGCAGGACGAUCAAGAAGAUGCCCUCGUUAUUCAACGUACACCUACCCUUGCUUCUACACCCACGGUCGUCGGACCUUCUACCCCCCGAAUACUACGCCUGCCUCCCUCAGAGCCGGUAACGCCCCUUUUCGACAGUGAAUCCGCGUAUGAGGAUCCGGAGACACCAGCAACAGAUUACACACAUUACUCUACAUCUAGAACAAGCUCAGGUAGAGACCGCUCUUCGUACGCACGGACCGGUCUUUCGCCAGAUCCAUUUAUGACGACUGUCGCAGAAAGACAAAGAAAGGCAACUCAAGAGUAUUGUGCUCUUCUAUCGCAAGUGAUACGUAAGGCUAGGAAAAGCCGACUCCUCUCGGAAGCAUUGGAUCUUUCCGUGCUCUUAGACGUCAUGACCGGCAGUAAUAUCAUCGAUGGUACGACCUUCAACGAAGAUGAUCUAUUUGAUCCUCAAUUGGGUAUGUCCCGGUUCGAGCGUGACAAGAAAGUAGGAGCCGCGGGGGAACUCUUCGUCUACGAGCUUCUCUCCUCGAUGAACCCGGCUCUCAGAGGGUUUACACGGGCUAAUUGGACAAGCACUAUUCGGAAAUACGUCACAGUGCACCCGGAUUACGCGGAUAUGGGCAGCUGGUCCGGAAUCGAAACGUCUGACAUCGAGUACAAAGACGAUAAUAAUAAACUAACAGAAGUUCUGAUAAGCAAGGGUCUUCUGUCGAGUGAAUGGCGAGGCUCACGGCCCAAAUAUUAUAUCGAAGUGAAGACUACUCCAGGGGGUCGAGACACCCCUUUCUUUAUGUCGGAUGCCCAAUACCACAAGAUGGAGAGGCUUUCCACGGAAGAUUCGAUAUAUGUUAUCUUCCGAGUUUCCGAGCUGUACAGCGGUCGUAUCACAGUUGAUCUCUACGUCGAUCCGCUCAAGCUUGUUGGGGAGGGGCGGUUGGUGUUCACGGCUGAUAGGUGGACGGUGAAGCCGGUGUUUACAUUUAAUUGGGACACGCCUGAGUAUAACUGAAACCUUCUAGGUUAAGGCUAUUGUAUAAAGGAUACCUUCUUUGCCUAAGAAGUGGGUAGGACUGGAACUAUUACGUUACCCCACGGGGUAACUUGUAACCUGUAUAUAUAGUUAAAGCUAGCAUUCUGUGGGGAUGGGUUUAUCUAG